GAGUCUCUAUCUCAGGCCGGCAGUGCUGUCAUGCUGCCCAAAUUCGAGACUGAAUCCCUGGGACUCUCUCGAUCGUAUGGCGAACAGGGGCACAUGCCAAGGAACAUGCAGGCCCCUCAGUUAAAAAUGAUGGACUACUCAUAUGACGAAGACCUGGACGAGAUGUGUCCCGUGUGCGGAGACAAGGUUUCAGGGUAUCACUACGGACUUCUGACCUGCGAAAGCUGCAAGGGCUUCUUCAAGCGCACCGUCCAGAACAACAAGCGUUACACAUGUAUAGAGAACCAGAGCUGCCAGAUUGACAAGACCCAGAGAAAGCGCUGCCCAUACUGCCGCUUCCAAAAGUGCCUCACCGUCGGCAUGAAGCUAGAAGCUGUGCGAGCGGAUCGCAUGCGGGGCGGUCGCAACAAGUUCGGCCCAAUGUACAAACGUGACCGAGCCCUCAAGCAGCAAAAGAAGGCGCUGAUUCGAGCCAACGGCCUGAAGAUUGAGGCCAUGAGCCAGGUGAUGCAGGCCGUACCCACUGACCUCACUAUCUCUUCAGCCAUCCAGAACAUCCACUCUGCAGCCUCCAAGGGCCUUCCACUGAGCCACCACGCUGGCCACCACACCAGUCAUCACCACCACCACCACCACCACCACGGCACAGCCCUUCCCCCAACAGACUACGACCGCAGCCCAUUUGUCACUUCGCCAGUAAGCAUGGCAAUGCCACCACAUGCCGGAAGCCUGCAGGGCUACCAGGCAGCCUACGGACACUUCCAGGGCACUCGCACCAUCAAGUCCGAGUACCCAGACCCAUACACCAGCUCACCAGAAUCCAUCAUGGGCUAUGCCUACGUUGACGCCUACCAGUCGGGCUCACCACCCAGCUUCCCACACCUGAUUGUAGAGUUGCUUAAAUGUGAGCCAGAUGAGCCACAGGUUCAGGCCAAGAUCCUAGCCUAUCUACAGCAGGAGCAGGCGAGCCGGGGCAAACACGAGAAGCUCAAUACCUUUGGCCUGAUGUGCAAGAUGGCCGACCAAACACUCUUCUCCAUCGUGGAGUGGGCACGCAGCAGCAUUUUCUUCCGAGAACUCAAGGUGGAUGACCAGAUGAAGCUGCUGCAGAACUGCUGGAGUGAACUCCUCAUUCUCGACCACGUUUUCCGCCAGGUGGUGCAUGCCAAGGAGGGCUCCAUCCUAUUGGUCACUGGCCAACAGGUGGACUACGCAGUGAUUGCCUCACAGGCGGGAGCAACUCUCAACAAUCUGUUGAGCCACGCCCAGGAGCUGGUGGCCAAACUACGCUCUCUGCAGCUGGAUCAACGAGAGUUUGUCUGCCUGAAGUUCCUGGUGCUUUUCAGCCUGGAUGUGAAGAACCUGGAGAAUUUUCACCUGGUCGAGAGCGUCCAGGAGCAGGUCAACGCAGCGCUGCUGGACUAUGUCAUGUGUAACUACCCACAGCAAACGGACAAGUUUGGCCAGCUGCUCCUCCGGCUACCCGAGAUACGAGCCAUCAGCCUGCAAGCCGAAGAAUACCUUUACUACAAACACCUGAACGGCGACGUGCCCUGCAACAACCUGCUCAUUGAAAUGCUGCACGCCAAAAGAGCUUAGGAGGCGACUUUCCUACCCGCAGUGCAGCUGUG